AUGGCGAUUGCGGCUGUCGGCCAGAUCUGCUCGACGGCAUCCCUGUCGCAUAACCUCGAGCAAUGCGUGAGACUGGUUGCUAAGGCGGCCGUCCUCUUCCUCCCCGAGGCCUCGGACUAUAUCGCCUCCAGCCCCCAAGAAUCCCUCUCUCUCGCCCAGCCGCAGUCCAAGUCCCCGUUCGUGCUCGGCCUGCAGGAGGCAGCAAAGGCCCACUCCGUCGCCGUCAGCGUCGGCAUCCACGUCCCCGUCCCCGUGGCCGUCCCGGCCGCCACCACGGACGCCUCGGCAGCAGCCUCCAAACUCCUCAACCGCAGCCUCUGGAUCAACGCCGACGGCACCAUCAACCAGGCCGCGACCUACGACAAGCUCCACCUCUUCGACUACGGCUCCCUCCGCGAGAGCGCGACCGUCCAGGCCGGCCCCUCUCUGACACCGCCCUUCCCCACCCCCGUAGGCCGCGCCGGGAGCCUCAUCUGCUUCGACCUCCGCUUCGCCGAGCCGGCUCUCGCGCUGACGCACCCGGGGCCGAAAAGCCCCUUCGUCGAUCCCGCCGUCGGCCCCGCCCAGGUCCUGCUGUACCCCUCCGCCUUCACCAUCAGGACGGGUCAGGCGCACUGGGAGACGCUCCUGCGGGCCCGCGCCAUCGAGACGCAGAGCUGGGUCGUCGCCGCGGCGCAGGUGGGCGCGCACAACCCGAAGCGGAGCAGCUACGGGCACAGCAUGGUCAUCGACCCCUGGGGCCGGGUGAAGCUCGAGCUUGGUGGCGUGGACGCCGAGGGCAGGGCCGAGGAGGGCGCCGAGGGGGCCGUUGGCUUCGUGGAUGUGGACCUAGACGAGUGGGCGAGGGUGAGGGAGGGCAUGCCGCUGGCCAGACGGACGUAA